UCUGCGUGGCGAUGCUGUCCCUGGGGUCCUGGCUGCCCGCGUGGCCGGGGCUGGCGUGGGGCUGGGCGCUGCUGGACGCGGUGCUGCGAGGUGAGGCCACGGGGACGUGGGGAUGUUGGGGACACUGGGGACACGGUGACACGGCACUGCUUCUUCCUGCAGGGCUGGUGGGGGCCUGCGCCACCUCGGUGCUCUGCAGCCUGCUGAGGGUUUAUCUCUACAUCCAGUGCCUGAACGACCCGGCGCGGCAGGACCUGCGGGUGGCCCUCGGGGCGCGGCGGUUGGUGCUGGAGCCGCUGCACGUGCUGGUGCUGACGGCCAUCCUGGCGCUGGUGGGCUCCCGCGUGGCCGCGCUGGUGGUGCUGGAAUUCUCCCUGCGCGCCAUCUCCACGCUCCUCUCCCUCAGCAAGCGUUGGUGCUUUGCAACACCCAUGCUGAGGACAAGAGAUGCAGCAUGGAGGAAAGCGCGCAUGGCGGCACGGCGGUGCAUGGCUUGGCAGUGGUGUGUGGCUUUGCAUGGUACGUGGUGUUGCGACAGCGCAUCGCCUUGCUGCUUUGCACCCCCUCCUGAUGCAGCUCCUGACGGCUCCGUCCCGCUCCCGCAGGGCGCCCACAGCAUCCAGCUGCUCGUGCUGUGCCAGUUCUCGCUGGGCUGCGGGCUGUCCUGCGGCCUCAGCUUCCUGCUGGAGGAAGCUCCCCAUGGGACCUGCAACCUGGUGCUGGCGGCGGGGCUGGCGGGGCUGCUGGCCGUGCACGCCCGCCGCUUGGCUCUACACACCUGCACGCUGUAUGAGCUGCACAGCCGAGCGCGGUACUGCGGCGUCUGCAUGCUGCUGCUCACCUCUGGGCACGGCGUGCCCCGGCUGCUGCGCAAGGCUCUGAUUGUCGCCUUCGUCGUGGCUGACCUGGCCGCCGUCGCGCUCAUCAAUCGUGAUUUCCUCUCGACGGCGGAGGCCGUCCGCUUCUGGACGCCGCUCACUAUUUGCUACACGCUGCUCGUCGUUUACAUGCAAGAGGAGCAGCGGUCAGGCACGGGCACGCAGGCAGCCUACCAGACGGUGCUGGUGCGCAUGGGAGGCCUCUUCAUCCUCCUCUUCACCGUGGGCCGCUGGACAGACCUGCUCCACAUCUUCCUCUCGCUGCUGGGCGAGCUCUGGUGCCUGCUCCACACCGGUGUCCUGCUGGAAGCUUGCCGGCAGUGGGGUUUCUCCUCGCAGCAUCGACCAACGUCAGGAUCGUCCUGAGGUGUAAGCAGGGAUGAGGAACUCAGAGCAGCUCCCUAAGUCCUCCCUGCUGUGCUGGACAGCCGCUGUGGGGACACGGGAACACAGGGGAAGGAGCUCCUGGAAGGUGCUGAUCCCAUCCCGUUGGAUAUGUGGAUGCUUGUACAGCCCCUGGCUUUUGAGGCCCCCAUCCCCAUGGUUGUGAUUGGGCUGGGGGUCACCUCCCUCGUCCUGCUGCGGGAUGUGGAAUGCAGACGGAUGCACUCAUCCUCAGGGGCUGCCAGGCUGCACCACUGAGGUGCACUGAGGGACCUCUGGAACUUCAUAAAUCAUGGAAAAAAAAAAAGUGUUUUAUUCCCAGUCAAUGCCUGGGCAGAGCAAGCUGGGGUCCUGUUGCAUUGGGGUCCGGCUCAGGGACAGCCAGGGCAGAGCUUUCUGGGAAGGUGCAUGCUGCAAAGGGGAACAGAGGCAAAGAGGGGUGUCCCCAAGCCCCAAACCAUUUCUGCUGUGCUGGAGGGCACCCGGUGCUAGGCCGAUGGGUGCAGGGUUUGGGUAAGGGGGUACAGCAGGAGAGGGGAUGGGGCUGACCAGAGAACCUUGGGGUGUUUGGGACUGCAGGGGGAUCCUGAGGGUGUAUGGGGCACUUGGGGUAUCGCGGUGGUGUGGAACGUCGUGGGAGCUCUACAGGGUUACGGAAUAACCUAGGGGUGCAUGGGACACCCUCAAGCACACGGUAGAACCCUGAGGGCGUUUGUGGCAGCU